AUGCAUACCGGUGGUCGUAGUCGGUAUGACUCUUCAGUCAUUCCGCCACCACCACCCUAUCAUUUUAACCACGUGCACACUCCACCGCAACGUGUAAUUCAUCAAACACAUAGAAGUCGUGAUCCACCAGUUUAUUCACCCAAUAUGACCACCACAAAUGAUAAUGUUACGAUACUAGCUAUAACCGAUGAAGCGAAUGGGGGGACAACAACUCCCACUUACUCACAAAUUCAAAAACAGCAACACCAUUACGCACAACCUCUUCCGUAUUCGAGGAAGUUUGAAGGUCCUUCCACUCCAAUUGCCAGUGCAUUCGGAAGCGUGACAGUCAAUAAUCAAGCCCACCGGUCUUCUUCUCCUUUUAAUGUAGGAUUUGCUCGUGCCACUACUCGAGAUCUACCGAUCCCACCAUCGUCAAAAGAUCGCCGAGACUCGGUUGUGGAGGUGAGCAGUUUCGAGAACAUUCCCCAAUCAGGACUCCGAGUGUCAGUUACCACUCCAAAAAGUGAUGCUAGGUUACUCAAUGAACCGAUUUUACGAUCUUCGCUGAGAACAGAAGCAUCAGGAAGUCGAGCUGACGAUUCAACACCAACGAAACAUUCGAGAGUAACGCUGAGUCCAGAAGUCGAGAAAAGGCUCGCUGAGCAAGAAGGAGAAGAGCGAAGAAGUGAAAGAAGAAAGUAUGAGAAAAACGGCGGUCGAUUCAAUCGGGGAUCUGAUCGAAAAUCAAGAAUCACGGAUGCUCUCUUAGACGCUAGAGAUCGAAUCGCAGAUCAACUUGAGAAUGAGGUCGAAGAGAAGAAGGUUCAUAGUGUGAGAGGACGAAUUGAGCAAGGACCUUUGCCAGGAACUACAUUGAUUACAUUUCUGCCUGUUGGAGAUAAAGAAAACGAUCUCUCGAAGCAAAUGGGAAUUGAAGUGAAUGCUGUGUUCGAUGAAUCUUCAGAGAUCCCAAGUACAUCUGAACCUUGUAUACUGAAUUCAAUUCAAGUUAUGAAAAUAGAAGAAGGUGGGAGAGUUGGAAAAGAUGGAAGGAUUCGAGUUGGAGAUUGUAUUCUGGCGAUUGAUGGAAAGUUUGUGGAUCAAAUGUCUAUAAUUCGGGCUCGUGCUUCAAUCUCUGAAUUGGCGUCUAUCAACCGUCCUAUCGCUCUGGUUAUAAAUCGUACGUUGGACUCUUUCCUAGAACAAGAAUCUGCUAAACCUAUUCAAUCUGCUUUACAACAAGCUAAUACACAAUAUAUUGGUCAUACAACAGUAGUUGAACUUGUUAAAAGUGCCAAAGGAUUUGGUUUCACUGUGACUGGUAGAGAAACUUCGAAAGGAGAACGAUUAUUCUAUAUAGGAACUGUCAAACCAUACGGAGUAGCUCUUGGUCAUCUGAAAUCUGGUGAUCGUCUUCUCGAAAUCAAUGGAACCCCAACAGGACAAUUCACACAGUUGGAAAUUGUGGAGAAGUUGAAAGAGACUAUGGUGGGGGCCAAAAUAAAGUUUCUCGUCGCGAGAGUGUCCCAAACUAACUCGGUCAUGAAUUCUUCUUCCUCUUCUGAAAAUAAAGAAAACGAAGGAACUCCUAAAAACGAAGAGGAAAAGAGUGCUCCUCAGAAACUUCCUCUCCCAGCACUAAUGACACCUCCAGUGCCGAAAGAAUCGCCGUCACCGUCUUCUAAUCCUCGUUUCGAUAUUGUAAUUCCAUUCAUCAAUGGAUCUAGUUCAGCCGGAUUGGGUGUGAGCCUGAAAGCCAGAGUAUCGAAGAAGUCAAAUGGUACCAAAGUAGAUUGUGGUAUUUUCAUCAAAAACGUGAUGCAUGGUGGAGCUGCUUUCAAAGAAGGAGGAUUACGAGUUGAUGAUCGAAUAAUCGGAGUUGAAGAUAUAAAUUUGGAAUCGUUCAACAACAUGGAAGCUCAAGCAGCUCUAUCAAAAAAGUUGAAAGAAGUAGGAAUGGUGAGGUCGAGUGUGAGGCUGACUAUUCUUCGAGACAAUGACUAUCAUCCUGGACAUAUUUCAAGAGAUCUGUCUCGUAUCACAGUAGAUGCAUCAUCUCCAUCUCCUUCAUCACGAAUGUCAUCCCAUACCGCUCCCGAUUCUCUUCUCCAAUCUCCACACACUCGAGCAACUUCAUCUAGCGGACCUGAUUCCUCGCAUUCGAGACAAUCUUCGUCCUCAUCAGCUGUUCCAGCUCCUAUCAGGCCGAAUGAGCGUGAUUCGAUAAUUUCCGAUUCGACCAACAGGCACGAUGAGUCGGAGCUUCCCGAUACGGAUCCAUUUAAUAGAGAAGGUCCAGGAAGAAAAAGUUUGAGCGAAAAGAGAGGAAUGGGAGCAGCAGCUGAUCCACAGCAUAUCAAGCUGUUCCAAGAGAUAAAACAUCAGAGACAGAAUAGUGCGCCGACGUCUUCAACACAAAAGCGGAGCAAAUCACAGCCGCGUUCUCUUUCUCAACGAAAUUAUCGUAGUCCGAUGAAACUAGUGGAUCUUCCUCAACCAUCUGUUACUUCUACAGUGGCACAACAUGUUCCACUUGACGAUUCUGAUAUGCUUAAUCGGCGAUCGCAAAGCAUGGAGAGUAUCAAUCGACCUGUGGAAAGCAUCCUUCGUGGAACGGGUCAAAUAAACCCAAGUACCUCAUCGAAGGUUCAAUUCAUGCAGAAUGCAAGUCCUGAUCAACAUCCAUUCCCACCUGGUUCAGCAUUGUUGCGAUUGAAAAAUGAGGAGAGUCGAUCGAGGGAUAAAUCGAGACGGAAGAGUAUGGGAAAUGCUAUGAGAAACUUCUUCGGAUUCGGAAGCAAAUCGAGAGAUGCUUCACCAGAGAAAGCCGUUGAAUUGAGAUCGGUCGAAAGACCGAAGUCAAUUAUAGAUGAGCGGGGUGGAAAAGAACAACUAAAAACAACUACUGCACCGCCACCUCCUCCGCCACAUCAAGGACCUCGUCGUGGAAGUGGAGGAAAUGUAUUCGUCGAUUACGGAGAGCCAUACGGUCUUAUCCCACAGUACCCACACAACACGACUUCCGGAUACGAGUCGUACGCCGACUCAGAGCUCUACGACCGGUAUGCAGCCCAUCGCUAUUAUCCGCGCAGGGGAAUCGAUGAAGACGAAUACAUCUACAGGCAACAGAGUAGUUCCUCGCUCAAUCCAUCGUCCUAUGUCAACUAUGGAUUACCAGCAUCUAAUGCGUACCAUGUCGAUGCCAGAGUACCAUCCAAAGCCAGCGGAAGUGUUUCAAAAACCACGAUGCGUCGUGUCUUCCCGACCGAAUACGAAGACGAUUCCUAUCAACACAUCCCCCAGUCUUCGAGAUAUCAACAAGACGGCAGUGGGCGGGGCUCAGACUAUCACCACAUGUUCAACUCCUGGUUCGCGUAUACAGGCGGCGGAGCAGUCGGCGCCGCUCCAGUCAUCAAGUCGUCAUACGGUCCAUCGCCGGUCCGGAUCGCAGCCGCUUCAGCCAUCGAACGAGGAGAAUCGUUCGCCGUUGAAUCCGGUGGGGGUCCGCCGCCCCCGCCCAUUGACCGUAGGGGACGGACCACUUCGGGUGGAGCAAUUCCAACAUCAACAUCUGGACCAUCCGGUUUCCAUUCCUCGAAGGAGAAGUAUGCGGAUGCUAGAUCUGGAAAAUUCAACGGUGGCUCGACCAGACUCUUUAUUCCUCGACACGGGGGUGGACUCAGCGCGGCAGCGUUCGCAACAAACUUCGGCAGCACCGAAGGAUACGAGACGCGUGGAGGAUCCGGCUCGCCGAGUCAAUACCGCCGUAGAGACCAGGGACCGCCUCAUCGUUUUCCCCAAUUCCCUAUUGCUGCGUCCUCAAUGCGUGUCACUUCUGUUGCAAAACCAUUUGCAAAUUCUGUAAACUUACGAUCUGUAUCUUCAAGUAAUAAAGUCAAUGAUAGUUCAUCAGCAAACGAACGAAUCUCAUUAAGAGCUAGAAAGAAGCUUCAUCGAGAAGCAGUAACCAGGAGCGAGUUCUUCUUGCCGUCGUAUUCAAACGAGAAUAUCAAGCUGUUCAACAGCCUCCUUCCGCCAUCUACAUCGUCAAUAAUGAAAACAACCCCUUCCCCGACCACCACCAACGACUCAGUUACACCCCGAAUACCUUGA